AAAAAAUAUAGAUCUUGGAUAAAUCUUUGUUUGCAAGCGUUAUUAAGCGCAAUAAAAAUCUGACAUCAAAUAUGCGUUGCGGAUAUUUUGUCAUCAGUUUUCAGUAUUAAAGAUAAUUCUGACCUUAUGCAUUAUUUUCGAGAAAUUGUGGAUACUGUUGACAUAGGUGACCGAUGAAGAUCCUACCUUUCUUCCUUUGAGCGACUGAAAUGUUUGCUUCUCAUCAAAUGAUAAAUGACUCAGGACUUCGAGAACUCGAAAGAUUUCUCGAUAAACAAGAUUGUACGGACAAGUUUGGUGGACUAGUGCAAUGUGUGGAUUAUAAUAAUGAGAUUUUAUGGUUAUGUGAAGAACAUAGAUUUGGAUAUAGAUUCAUCAGAGUCAAUGAAUCAAAUGGAACACAAGGAUCAAAUGGACAACAAACCCAUUUUGAUGGCAGAGAAUUAGUAAGAGAUCAUGUUGUAAAUAGUUCGUUAGCAAAGAAGAUAUCAAUCUUAUAUCAUGACAUAAUCGAAAUUUUAGAAGAUUUUGGUAACCUCUUCGAAUAUUUUUAA